CGUGUGCAGAGGAAGGAGGACAACCUGAGACUACUGGAGGAGCAGAAGCUUCUCACCAGGCAGCUGGAGGCAGAGAGAGAGAGAGAGAGAGACGGUGCAGGGAGGCGGAGCUACAGACAAAAGGCCACACCCACCACUGACUGAUUGGUGAGUGUGCGUCACCAUGGACAGCAGCAGUGAAGCGCUCGCUGCGCUGGGGGACGAGACAGUGUGCACAUCUGUGUCAGAGGGUCUGGAGGAGGGUGAGGUAGAAGGUGAGACGCUACUGAUUGUGGAGUCUGAGGACCAGGGUUCUGUGGAUCUGUCUCACGAUCACAGCGGCGACUCACUGACUAGCGACAUGGGCGAGGAGGCGGACGGCAUGUGGGGCUGUGAGGACAUGGCAUUCUACUGUGAGCGCUGCCACAAGUGGAUCCCUGCAGCUCAGCUCCACGGGGAGCAGCCUAGCUACCUGAAAGGAGACAACUUCUUCAAGUUCAUCUGCUCCGACUGCUCCGAGGACGGCAAGGAGACCUUCGACAGGAUGAGACUUACCUGGCAGCAGGUGGUGAUGUUGGCAAUGUACAACCUGUCUCUGGAAGGAACUGGCCGUCAGGGUUACUUUAGGUGGAAGGAGGACAUCUGUGCUUUCAUUGGCCGACACUGGAACUUCCUGCUGGGAGCGAGGAAGAAAACGUCCACAUGGUGGAGCACGGUGGCUGGCUGUCUGUCGGUUGGAAGUCCGGCCUUCUUCCAGUCAGGAGCACAUGAGUUCGGCGAGCCCGGCUGGUGGAAGCUGGUCCAUAACCGACCACCAACUCUGCGGCCUGAAGUGGACAAAUCUGCUGCUAAAACCAAAGCCGCCAAACCCACCAUGGACCCCAUCAUCACCGUGGAGGGACUGAGGAAACGCGGUGCCCGAAACCCGGUGGAGAAUGCCAUGCAGCUAAAGGAGAAGCGCUCACGCACACAGGAGGCCAAAGACAUCCGACGGGCUCAGAAGGAGGCAGCGGGAGGCUUCACGGACCGCAGCGCCUCCUCCACACCGGUCAAAAUGGGCGGGGCUCGAAGUGGGGGCAGCGGGCAUCGGCCUGACUUCAUCCUGGAGAAAGGCGAGGUUAUCGAUUUCUCAUCACUCAGCUCUUCAGACCAAACGCCGCUCACCAGCCCGUCGCCUUCACCCUCCCCAGACUUCUCUGCGCCAGGAACGCCGGCGUCUCACUCUGCCACACCCAGCCUGCUGUCAGAGGCGGAUCUUAUUCCUGACGUCAUGCCUCCACAGGCUUUGUUCCACGAUGAUGAGGAGAUGGAGGGGAUGAUUGAUCCGGGCAUGGAGUACCUUCCUCCUCCCAGUUCCAGUCUCAUGACCCGUAAAAAUUCCCGCCCAGCGCCACCGCACAUCAAGUGUGAAGCAGAGAGUGAGGAUGAUGAAAGCCGUGAACGCGUGAACUUUGGCCAGCCACUGGGAGGCGGUGGCGGCCAGCUUUUCUCUGGUAUGGAAUGCAGUGGUGGCAGUGGCGGCCCUGAGAGGAGGUGGAUCAUGUAUCCUGAAAAAGCGGACAGAGUUGGCGCGGUCUCGCAGAGUCCUCUGUACAUCCCCCUCAGUCUGUACGAGGAGAAGAUGCUGCUCCGGCGGCUGGAUGAAUGCCCGCUGGCGCUGGCCGUCACGCCGCAGGCCAAACGCUUACACAGGAAACUGCUGGUCCGACAAGCCAAGAGACAGAGAGGGCUCCCCCUGCUGGACGUUGACCGUGCUGUCAGUGCCACCCUCAGCCUUGUGGGAGGGAUCUACGGUGCCCAGGAGCCAGAGCCUUUGAUGGGAGGCAGGGCCGGCGGGAAGUACUACGCCAGGAGCAAAGAGCUGUACGUCCUCGACCGCUUUCAGACUAACGUGUCCACUCGGAGGGGAGUCCAGCAGUCCUCAGUGUCCUUCUGGCAUCGCCUGAUGGGAGGAGAAUGCGGUUUGGAGCAGAGCAUUAAGAGUCCUUAUACGUCUCGCAUACUGAAACCAUACAUCAGGAGGGACUAUGAGAGCCGGCCUGUGAAGAUGAGGCUGCUGACGGAGAUCAGAUCAUAUCCUUACAGGAACCAAGCCGGUUGGGUCCCCGAGUCUGACGCCCCCAUUGACUACUGCUACGUACGACCAAACCACAUCCCAUCCGUCAACGCCAUGUGUCACGACAGCUUCUGGCCCGGUGUAGAUCUGUCGGAGUGUUUGCAGUACCCAGACUUCAGCGUGGUCGUCCUCUACAAGAAGGUGGUGGUUGGUUUCGGCUUCAUGGUGCCCGACGUCAAGUACAACGAGGCCUACAUCUCCUUCCUGUUGGUUCAUCCUGAGUGGAGGAGAGCUGGAAUCGGUACCUUCAUGAUCUACCAUUUGAUCCAGACGUGUAUGGGUAAAGACGUGACGCUGCACGUGUCGGCCAGUAAUCCCGCCAUGCUGCUCUACCAGAAGUUCGGUUUCAAAGCCGAGGAGUACAUCCUGGACUUCUACGACAAAUAUUACCCCGUGGAGAGCAUCGAGUGCCGCCACGCCUUCUUCCUGCGUCUGCGGCGCUGAUGUCCUGUCCCAUGUCCGUCGGGGGGAUUUUACGACCCAGAAGGUUUCCUGCUCUGAACUCUGUAACCAGCCUUUGCAGGAUGGUGCCUUGCUCACAGGCUCCUGGAGAGUCUCCACUGCAGUGUUGUGUGACAGCAGGAAUCCAUCCAGCAACCUUCACAUUACCAAAGCGCCAUCUGUUGGAGCAGAGCAGCACUGACACUCAAUGCAGGAUUAAAAUGAGUCCCUUGUUGUCGUUCCAGCUUCAUGCGUCUUUAGAAGGAACCACAUCGGUUCCACUCCCAAACUUAACAUUCCAACAGUACGUCCAUAUGAUGUUUGUUCGUUGUCUCACCGCUGUUCAGCCUGUAGAGGACUUCCUGUCUGUCUUCAGAGAAAACAACAUAAUUGGGUAGAAGUUUGCAGGUUCAAGCCCCUGCUGGGAACUGCCCGCCUCUCACUUUGUAUUUAUUAAAACUUUGAUCGUGCGAUUCUUUUUUCUCUCUCCUUCUGCCUGUUUAAAAUCAAAUUAAUAACGUGAAUUAUUCCUGCACGCUUGCAGACAAGGGGCGGGGUUUGUGUCAGACCUAUUGGCCAAAUAAAAACACUGGUUUACAGAUUUGA